GUGACGCGCCGUUUCUACGUUUGAAAGUUCAUUUGUUUGAGACGUCACUGGACGUGGCCGACUGACAUUAUGUCAAAAUUACCGUAAUCAACACAACGCACUUUGGUUCCAUGACGCUAAAUUUUAGUAAAAUAUAAACACAACCGCAGUCACAAGCACACGCCAUGUCCAAGAGACCACUGGGCCCCGGGCCGGGCGCCUACCGCCUGCCCACGACGGUGGGCUUCACGCAGCACGACCCGUCGCGCUACCGCAACCCCAUGUACUCGUUCGGCACCAACGCGGGCUACCGCCUGCGCGGGCUGGGCCCGGGGCCCGCCUACCGCAUCGAGCGCGUCACGCGCGACGGCGUCAUGUCGUCGCCCGCCUGGUCCUUCGGGGCCCGCUUCGCGGCGCGCGCCACGCUGCGCACGCCGGGCCCCGGCGCGCACGCGCCCGAGCGCUGCCCGCCCAUGCGCGAGCCGCGCGCGCCCGUCUACUCCAUGGGCGCGCGCCUCGGCUUCGCGCUCAAGCGGUCGGGGCCCGCACCCAACGCCUACGCGCUGCGCCUGGGGCCCGGCACGCCCGCCUACACCAUGGGGGCGCGCGUCGGCUUCAACGCCAAGGCCAAGUCGCCGGGGCCCGCCGUGUACUUCCAGCGCGACACCAACGUGUACAAGUGCAAGCAACCCGUGUUCUCGCUGGGCGCGCGCCUGGACGGCGCCGGCAAGGCCACGAAGACGCCGGGGCCCGCCGCCUACCCGCCCAACCUCUACAACACUAAGAAGAACCCGUACUCGUACUCGUUCGGCACGAAGCACGGCGACUACGCGCCGCCGAUGAUCAUCAAGGAGGACACGAUGGACUGCCUGUAGAGCCUGCAGAGCCCGCAGAGACUGCAGAGUCUGCAGUAGCCUGCCUUGUGACGUCCGUGUGCCAGUUGCAGUUAAUACCAAAAAAAUCGUCGAGUCGAGUAAAGUAACGUCCCGAGUCCCGAGUCCCGUCCUAUUGGAGCUGUAACGUCGAGACAAAUUGAUCAUGUUGUACUGUAUCUUUGGAUUUGAUGACUAAUGUGACUUGGUAAAAAUUGUCUGUCGUAGUGUCUAGCCUUAUACCUGGUAUAUUAUUUUAUUUUAGUCAUAAUAUUAACCGAAUAUUAUAUUUUGUAAAAAUGGUGUUUACUUAAAGUACCAAUGUUCGUCUACUCAUGCCGGAUACGUGACGAAUCGUACUGACAUCACGUAGACGGCACUAAAAUCAUUUCGUGAAUUUCCAUUGAAAGUCUUUGUGAAUGAAAUAAAUGGUAUAUUUGUA